UUCGAUAGAGCAGUUAUCGCUGAUUCGGCCCCACAAAUGUUUGCUGUGUGUGUCGUAUCUGGAUUUGUCCACUCGAUUUGUUCGUUCUCAUUAAAACCGAAUUCGUGCUCAAUAUGCAACAAGGGAAUUAUUGUUUCCUUGGAGAUGAUUUCUUUUUUGUGUACUGCCUUAGGGAGGCUAAAUAAAUUUAUGAUGUUUUUCAUUCGCAUUGAAUAUGCAGAACAUAAACAACUUUGAAACAGGCAAAAAGCAGAAUUGAAUUAAAUUGAGUUUACCCCGCCCCAAAAACUUAACACCCACAAAAUCGAUAUGCAAAUUAAGCUCUACGUUUGCUCCCUGCCAAUCUCUUUGACUUUUAUUCGGUUUUAUUUUUUGUUCUUUUGCGAUUUUUUCUCUUGGCAAUUGCCGCCAACCGGGGACAAAUAAAUCUGUGGUCCUCCUCCAAUAAAAAUAGACACAUUCACAGUUUCAAUUGCAACUAGGCGGCGGCUGCAAUUCCAAUUUUUUUCAGGCCCCCAAAAAGUCUGAGGCACACAUGCGAAAAGCAACGCGAAAAAAGAGGCCGCCACAUUUCAAUUGAAAAGUUUUAAUUGAGUUUUUGCAGCCAAUCGAAUAAUCAAAUCAAAACUCAUUACAAUAAAAGCGAAAAGGCGGGCGCGAGAAAGAAAUUAGUGCAAUUGAAUUAAGGCAAUAAGGCCAAUUAAGUUAUUAAACGAAUUAACGCAAUACACGACAAAAAAGUGCAAAAAUGUUUGGCUGCAUUUAUCAGCUGUGGGACUGGUUGGAGGCGCCGCCGCUCUUCACCGCCGGCACCAUGGACGCCAAGAAGCUGCAGCAGCUGCAGGAGGCAGCGAUCCUGGCGCAGCAGCAGAAGAAGCUGCCAUUGGCCUACCAGACGAAUCUCGUGGACUACCGAACGGCGGCCUACAGUCAGGCGCUGUACCAGCAGUCGCCCACGGCCACCAGUUCCAGCGGCGGAGGACCGCUCUCGCCGAUCGACAUGCAGCCGCAGUCGAAGCACCACAACCACAACCUGAUGAAGCACGGCGGUGGAACGUCCAGCAGUUCGCACAGUUCCCCGUACCACCAAUCGUAUUCGAGCAGCGGUGGCACGGCGGCAGGGGAGCAGCUGUAUCAGUCGCCCACGGAGCGAACCUAUCUGGCGGCGGCCGGAAGAUUGCAGGCCAGCAAUGCCAUCGCCGGACACCAUCCCAUUUCGGCGCUGCAGUCGCAGUACCAGCAAUUGCAGACCGCCAAAAUGCAGGCCCAGUUGGCCACCCAAAGCGAGGCUGCCCAGCAGCAGCAGCGGACAUUUGCCAUGAGACAGGCCAUGAACCCGCCCACAAAUCACUACCACAUGAGUCAGUCGCCCAGCAUGGUGUCCAAUAUGACCACAAUGACCCAACAGCAGCAGCAGCAGCAGCAGCAGCAUCAGCAACAGAGGGCUCCUCCAUCUUCGUUAAAUUUGCAAAAUCAAUACCAACCUGCUCAGGGUCCUUUGAAGUUGCAACAUCAGCAGCAGCAGCAACCUGUAAUGCCCAAACACUAUCAGGAACAAUUGUACGCCCAGCAGCAGCAGCUGCAACAGCAGUUGCAACAGCAACAGUUGCAGCAACAACAGCAACAGCAGCAGCAGCAGCAACAUCGUCACAAGAAUGACCUGCAAACGCCGGGCAGUGAACACGGCACCGUGUACAUCCAACAGAAUCAUCCCGGUCAUGUGGUGAACCAGGCAUGCCAGACCCAGAUAUCGACAGUCAAGCCCAAGGCCACGCCCAGUUCGGAGGAGUCGUCGUCGAACUCGGCCAAGAGUCCUACCCACGCACCGUUGGAUCGGAAGAAGAGCGCUGGAUCCAUACAGGCGCUGAAGUCACCCAUUACCAAGAGGCCACCCUCCACGCCGGUGACCUUGUCGGGUUGGCUGCACAAACAGGGCUCCGAUGGGCUGAAAGUGUGGCGCAAACGCUGGUUCGUCCUGGCCGAGUACUGCCUGUAUUACUACAAGGGACCCGAGGAGGAGAAACUCCUGGGCUCAGUGCUGCUGCCCUCAUAUCGCGUAUCCGCCUGUUUGCCCGAGGACAAGAUCUAUCGCAAGUUUGCCUUCAAGUGUGAGCAUCAGAAUAUGCGAACCUAUUGGCUGGCAGCGGAUAAUUCCGAAUCCAUGAUGCAAUGGGUGAGGGCUUUGGCAGCGGCCAGUUUGAUGCAGGCACCCAGCAGCGGGGAAUCGGAGCCAAGUGUGAAUUCCUCGCUGAAUCACAGUGGCGAGAACUCCGAUUCCGGUAUUCACACAUUGCAAUCGCAUCCUGGCAAGGGACAGCCAACGCCCUCGUCGGAAAAUGCGGGCAGCAGUGGCGGAGGCAGCGGACAACCCCUCUAUGCAAAUGCACCACCCAAACCGAGGCGCAUCAAUGAUGGUGGCUACUCCUCCCCAUCGCCCGAGCACAACGAACAGCAGCAGCAACAUCCUAGUCGCCGCCUCAUGUCGCCCACGCAGCAACUCUACCAGCAGCAGCAGCAACAACAACGAUCUCAGCAGCAACAACAGCAACAGCAACUGCAGCAACAUCAUGCCAUCUACGACACUCGAACGGGUCAUGUUUCCACCGCCUUGCAGUUGCAACAGGCUCAGCAGCAAUACUCACUGGAUCACCUGGAGGCACAGUUCCAGCAGCAACAGGUGGACAUGGAGGAGCAGAUCGCCAGGUUGCAGCAGCAACGGGCCGCCGAGGAGAUCUACGGCGAGCGGGAGAUGUACAUGGCCAAGCUGAUGCAGCAGCGGCAGGGUCCGAAUGGGGCAUACCCCACACAGCAGCAGUUGUUGCAGGCGGAGCGGCGAACUCCGGACGCAUACGGGCGGUCCAAGCAGCAGCGACUCUUUGCCGCCGCAGCCGCUGCAGCGGAUUACGAGGACAUCUACAACAUGUCGCAGUUGGCCGGGGGUGGCGGAGGAGCCAUGUCCGCCCAGGAGGCACUCCUCCAGGAGGCGGCCAGCUACCGACGACCGCUCAGUCCGCCCAGCUACGAUUCCACCAAGCACGUGCCGGCGAUGGCACAGCGGUACACACCCAAUCACUUGGAGGCCAGUGCCGCUGAUCAACUAAUCAAUACCAUGGACUUGCGUGCCCGCUCGGCGGCGGCCAUAGUGCGUCCCCACUCCGCGGACUUCCUGGAGUACGAGGCGCGUGCCGAGGCAGCUGCAGCCGCUGCCGCCGCGGCGGUGGCACAAAGUCAGCAGGAGAGUGGCCGUGCCCCGAGGCCCAAGUCCAGCUUGGACAUCAACCGAACGCCGGACAGCUUCUACUACUCGGAGGCCAGCUAUGCGGAGAAGAUGCGGAAGAGUGCCCUCUAUCUGCAGAGCGGUGGAUCCGGAGGAGGAGGUGGAGGAGCUGGGGCCGCUCAGCCGCAGCAGGCGGGCAGUUACCGCACCGCUGGGGGAGAUUUCAGUUCGGGAGUGAACACCAUUGGCUACGAGAAUCCCUACGAGCGGGCCUACAAGCGGCAGGAGCUUUUGGCCGAGGCACAGGCUCAGGGUGGAGCGGCCAGCAGCAUGCCGCGGAUGAGCCGUUCGGCCAGUCAAGGUCGUUCGGUGGCCUCGCAGCUGCAGUCGCCGCAGCAGGAGGACCUGCCACCCCUCAACGUUCAUCCGGGCUCCAUUUUCCCGCCCUCGAUGUCCACGCAGGAGAUUAUCAGCAAGAACGAACAGUUCCUGCGCUCCGCCAGUGCCCGUCUGCCCAAGAGAUCGGGUGGAAUGGACGAUGACUAUUCAGCCGGGAACUCCACCACCACUUCACCGACCUCGGGCGGAGCAGGUGCCUCCAGUUCGCCGCAGCACAAUCAGGAUGGCGAGCGGAAGCGAGAGGAGUCCAUGAAGCGUCUGCUUGAGUGGAAGCAACGCAUGUUGCAGUCACCUCUGACCCGCAAGGGCAUUCAACAGGGUGGCAGCAACAUGUCCGCCAUGUCCAAGCUGGGCAGCAAUCCGAACAUCCUGCUGGCAUCCACGGCGGUGGCCAGUGGAGCACGCUAUGCCCCCCAGGCAGGCAAAACGGGACUGGUGGGCAAUGGAAAUGGCAAUACUCCGGCGGUUGGGAAUGCAGCAUCGACCUCGGGAAUCCAACGAUCCCGAUCCGAGAGCCAAGCCAACAUGGGACCCGGCGGAGUGGUGUACAACAACUAUUCCUCGGACGACGAGGCUGGGCCUGUGGAUGAUAACUUGUAUAGUGCGACGGCAGGAAGGUCAUCGUCAAAAACAACAACGACAUCACAGGCAAUAGUAGCAACAACAACAGCGUUAGCAAUAACAAACUUUAGUAGUAGCAGAAAUUUAGAGAGUCCCAAGCCAACAGCAUCGUCAUCAUCAUCAUCAUCAUCACCUAAAGCCAGCAAUGCGAAAUUCCAACUAAAACCCAUUUUGAAAGUGCACGAAGCCAAUAAAACCCGCAUUAUUCAGGUGCAACCCAAACAGCCCGAAGAGCGGCUCAAACUCAGAUUGAAAUUGCCCAAGGCGAAUGAGCUGGACGAUGUUGAACUGGAGGAGGAAGAGGAGGAGGUGCCCAUUCCCAUUCCCAUUCUGCCAAAGAAAACAGCCCCCAAGUCGCCGCAGAAUGCAAAUUAUGUGCCUGUGUACAACAAUAAGCUGGUCAGCAACUAUGAAAACAUGGAGUUUGGCAAGCCAAUGGCCGAAGGCAAAACCCCAGAUAGCAAUGCAGCGAUUACCGAUCCCGAGGAGACGCCCAUGCUGAUGCAACUGAAGUUGUUUAAGGAGCAGCAGGAGCAGCAGCAGCAGCAGAACCAGCAGCAACAAGAAACGGAGGAGGACCUGACCCCCACAGCGGAAAGUAAGCCCAUUCCUGGGGAGGAGUAUUUGGAGGAAGAAAAAAGUGAGGAGCAUAGGGAAUCACAUGAGGAGGAACAUGAACCUGAGCUGGAGGACGAAGACGAAGACGAGGGCGAGGAAGAUGAGAGCACGGCCUGCGAGGAGUAUACCGACGAUGAUAUAGACGAAGCCCUGGCUCAGGAUGAUGAGGAUGAGGCUGUCGUUGGGGCAGCAGAAAAGGACCUGGAUGAGGAUAGAGAACUGCAGCAGAUAUAUGUCAACGAGCCCAUCACACCCACCGACCAGCAAUUCGACGAGAGUCACUAUCUGCCCAUGACGCCCAAGAAAGUGGAACUGGGUCAGCCAGGUGUCCUCACCCUCAUUUCCACACACGAAACCUUCGCCGAAGAGGAGGAGAACCACUAUGUGGAGAUGACCAAGGGGAUCGAGGACGAGGAUAGCAAGAGCAACUACGAGAUAAUGUGCCUGGCCAGCACUAGUGCGAGUGCCUUCAAAACCGCGACAAAAACAGAGCCCGUCUAUAUGGAAUUGGCAGGGGUUAAGAGUGCAGCCAACGAGGAAGCCCACUGCUCCUCGGGUCGUUCCACCCUGAAGAAGGGCAAGAAAUCGGGAGGUGAGACCCUCAAGAAGAAGACCAAAAAGCGGCAGGGUAAGGACAUGCCGGAUAUCCUUAAGCCAGCCAAGAGUGCACUGGCUCUGGCCAGCGAUAGUUCGGAUGCAGAUGAUGAGAGCAGCAGGCAGCAACUGGAGGCCAAGAAACUGCGCUCCAGAUCACGAUUCAGUUUGUCGGAUACCUUUAGGCCAGCUUCGUACUAUUUAGGCGCCUCUACGCCGCUGAACAAUUAUGCAGAGAGUUCGGACAGUGAGAUACUGCCACCACCUCCGAUUCCCGACUCACCACCUCCGAUGGAGGAGCUCAAAACGGAGGAGAUAUUCUCCUCCGAACACUAUGAUACGGUUAAGAGAAAGGAUAGCAAUGGUAAAGUGAACAUCUCGUAUGAGCAACUGCCCAAGAUGCAUGCCAGCAAUACUUCGCUGAAUUUGCCAAAGGCUGUUCCAAGUCCUACCCUAAAAAGUAGUCGUCUCUCCUUACCCGAUCACUUUACCAAGGUGCGAGCCACACCUCAGAGAUUACUGGUCACGGUCACGCCUCCACAGCAACAUCAUGCCCGCACUUUGUCCGAUUCCAACUAUAGUUGCCAGUUGACGGACAACAGCAGUUCCCGAACCUCCUCGGACUUGGAUCUAUAUCGACGAAGGGGCCAGCAGCAGCAGCGCUGCACCAGCAAUAAUUCCCUUCCCCUGAGCAGUGAAAAUGAGUCUGUGGAAUUCCGGCAGAGAUCCGACUCUGAAUUGGAUCGUCAGCGAUCGAGGAGACCACUUUCCCAGGAGUCCAUCAGUGAGAUCGAGUCGCUGAGCGAGCAGUUUGAGGAGACGUUGAGUAGCCAUGAACUGGACACCUACCUGAGUCACUUGCACCUGUCCACAGGACAAGCCACGCCCACCAGUCACCUGCUCAAUGAUGCCAAUGCAGCUGCAGGAGCCGAUAUCCUGACCAAUCUCAUCAAGCCACCGAAAACAUUCCGCAAUGCCGAGGACGAGGAGCAGCAUUUCUACGGCAAUAUACAUUUCAUCUCCUCCACGGAUUCCAUUCAGCAGUUGGGUGAAAGUGGAGCAGCUGCUCUACGGAUUAUACAUAGUCGGAAUAACAGCAAUAUAUCCACCCAGUCGGCUCCAUACUAUUAUUCCGAGCUACCAGCACCGCCGCCGUUGAACAAUCAGCGUGAUAUCCAUGCCCACGGCCUGAAUAUAGCCCACAUACACAACCCCAUCGACCGGCAUCAGUUCAAUGUGGAUGCGCUGGUGGAGAAGGAUCAGGCCAUCGACAGCAAGAACAUCUACUGCGGGCAGAAGGAUAACAACGAGAAGCUGAGCAACAAGAAGCUCAAGCUGAACAACAACAGGCAGCUGGUGGAAUCGGUGGAGCUGCCGGAGAGCAGCGGUAGUGGUGGUGCACUAAGUCCGGUGGUCCAUUCAUAUCCAUUCACAACUACUAAAAACACAAAUCUCGCUCGUAAGACGAUUGGUGGUAGCGUCCCGUCGGAUGAUGGAACCCCUAACGAUGGUGCUGGUGAAAAUUCGGAGGAGGCAGUCGUCGGCAAGACCCCGUCGAAUAAUGUCCAUCCCAACCUCUCAGUUCUAGGUGGCGAGUUGCUCUGGGAGGAGGAUGCGCUGUGGCGGGAGAGUCUGCGCCGGGUGUCGCAGAGGCAUGCGAGAUCCCUGGACGAUCUGGACAGGAUCACGACGGUGACAGCGUCGCCCGCUGUCACCAGCACGCCCAAGGUCAAGUUGAGUCGCGAGGUGACCUAUGUGAAUGACAGCCAGAAGCCCCGCCAGCAUCCAGUGAGCAAUGAGCACGAUGUCUAUGUGCAAUUGUUGGACAGCUCCUCGCUCAGCCAGGACCAAACGGAUUCCGAUGUCUACGAAGUGCUGCGCGAGGACACUGCCUCGAAUCUGUCGCAUAAAUCCAACGAGCUGGAUCGCGAGACCAUCCGCCAGUGGGAUGCCAUGUCCAGUGGCCUAAUGAAGAGCCACCACAGCGGCACGGAAACCACAGGGACGACAGCGACAGGAGCAGGUGCUGCAGCUCCUCACCUGCCCCUCACCAGCAGUGUGCGCUCCAUCGUCCAUCAGCUGAACAAUAGUGCCACCGAGGAUGCCAAUGGCAAUCCCAUGGCGACAGCCUCGAUUUCGGUGCGCAAUGUGAACAAUUUGCCGGUGGGAAAUCUGACGGUCAAGCCGGAUCCCUCGGAUGUCCAGCAGGAGUCGGCCUUUGCACCGUAUUACGGCGGAGCGGCGGAGACGAAGUACGCCAAGAACACCGUGCUCACGGAUCGCGGACUCUACGCCGGAAACGGAGGCGGACUGGCCACAUCCACGCCCCAAAAUCAUCAGCAAUUCCGGAUGCGCCGCACCGGAAGUAGGGCGGAAAUCGAUAUGCUGGAGCGCGAGACGAGCAGCCAGAUCAGGAAUCGCCUGCGAAGUGCCGAGGGUUUGACUAGAGCCGAAAGCAUCCAGCGAUUGGACUACUUGAAGCAGCACCUUUUGGAUUUGGAACGGCAUUACGAGAAGAGCAAGCCGCUGGUCAAUCUGGUGGACAACAUGGUCAAACUGGGAUCGCUGUACCGAAACGAUGCCAAUGGCAGAGUCCAACCAGCCACUCUGGAUCGCCUGGAGUUCAAUCAGCGGAUGCAGGAGCGUCAAAUGCUCCAGGAGGAGCAGCAGCAGUGGGAGCGCCUCAGUCCCAAUCAGGCUGAGUUACAGGCCAAGGUGCGUGAGCUCUACCAACUGGAUCAGUUGCUGCAGGAGGAGUCAGGCAUUCUGCAGAGUCUGCAGCGCGACAAGGAGGACCUCGAGCGUGCCUUGGGAGGAUUGAGGGCCCGCAUCCACGACAGCAAUGCCACGCCCAUGGCCCUGGAGGCGGCCAAGAAGCAGCAGCACAUCCUGGAACGCGAAUUGUCGCGGGUCCAUCAGCUGCUGGCCGAGAACUCAAAGAAACUGGAGCAGACAGUGGCGGGAAAUGCUCGCCUGGAGCAGGAGCUCCUCCUCCUCCGCCAGAAGGUGCAGGCCACCCGAGGAGCGACCACCAAUGGAAUGGGUGGCGAUGGCUCCCACGUCAAUGGAGAUCAGACUGCCGCCGUUUUGGCCUCGGAACUGGAGCGUGUGCAAUCCCUGGUGGGCGAUAUGCAAAGACAGCGUCACGAACUCAGCUCUGCUGUUCGCCAGCUGACGGAAAACUCGACCAGGUUGUACCAGGAGAUUGGCAACAAGGAGAUGAACGGCGGCGGGUCCACCAAUGGCAGUCUGAAGAAGCGCAGCAACUCCACCAGUUGGACGGAAACCGAUCUGGAUGCCAAUAUGAUGCGAUGCGGAAGUCGCCAGCAGCUGAAUGACUCCACUUUGAACCUAUCCACGCCCCUCUAUGUGGACACGAACAGCUCGACCAAGUUGAGUGACUACAAUCGAUAUAAUGGCGGUGGGAGCAGCGAUGCCCUGGAGAUGAGUGGAGUCGAUAGCGAUGGCUUCCUGGACAGCAAUCCAUUCGCCCUUGGCCUGGAGAAACAGGAGAUCAAGACGGUGAGGAUUGUGAAACGGGAAUCGGAACGCAGAAAUCGCGAUCGCAGUGAAAGGGGUCUGAGCAGCUCCAUCCAGAAUCUGGAUCAGGUCUUGGAGGAGGAGCAGUAUGCCCAGCAGCAGAGGGAACAGCAGCAGCAGCUGUACGCCCAGAACUUGGAGGAGCAAAUGAGCAAUGGCCACCACAGUCGCUCCAAGUCGCUGCCCCGAAACUACAGUGAGCCCCCGAAACAGAGACACAGUCGCCAUCUAAAUGGCAAGCAGAAUGGUCACCACUACAAUGGUGGCUACGACUACGAUCGGAACAGCAACUAUGAGCACCAGCCACCGCCACCACCGGCACCGCAGAGCAAUGGACAUGGUCACCAUCAUCACUCGCAAAGGGAGCAGCGGGAGCACCUCAAUCCCCUGGCCAAUGCCUAUUUCGCAAAGCAGCUACAGCAGCAGGUGAAUCCAUCGAGGGACAGUGCCCGCGUGGCUCUGAGGACCAAGACGGACUCGCUGCAGAGCCUCAAUAAGAGCCUCACGGACAUCAGUCCGGAGCCAGUGUUCCAGAGCGUGGCUGCCCGCCAGAUCAUCAACGAAAUGUCCGCCGGUUCGGCAUCGGAGGACACCGAGAAGGUGGUGGAGAAGGUGCCACCGCACCACAAACAUCGCAGGGCGGUGCCAAGGGAGAAGAGGCGACACUACACUGCGCCAAACAAUGUCAACCAGAAGGCCAUGGAGAAGGUGCAGGCCGAAAACGAUAUGAAUCGAAAUAACACAAACUGGCGAGCUCGUGACGAUCUGGACAUGGAGGUGGCCCUGAGACCUCGAAUGAAUGCCCCCGAUGUGGUUCGUUCUGCUUUGGGACAGGGGGAAAAGAUUUCGGAGAAUACCAUUGACAACUUGCUGCUGGCACCGAACAAAAUAGUCAUACCCGAGCGUUACAUACCAGAAACAACGCCGGAACUGUCGCCGGAGGAGAAGAAGCGUCGUCAGGAGAAGGUGGAGUCCAUUAAGAAAAUGCUGUCUGAGGCGCCCAUUAGCAGCAAUGAGAAUGAGAGCCUGCCGCCGAGCAAAAUCACCGCCGAGAAGAAGCAGCGCGAACAUCUGCUGCAACUCAACCAAAUCCUGGCCCAGCAGGUGAUGCAGGUCAGCAAGAUUGUGGCCGGAAAUCCCACUAGUCACAACUAAUCCGAAAGUAGCCUGUCGAGUUGUUUCCGUUCACCUUUUGUGUUUACCCUUGCAUUGCAUUUACCUUUUGUUCACGUUGUGUUUUGCAAAUCGAUAACUGAAAGGGUUUUGCAUCACGAUUCGCGAUAAAUUCAAUUUGUUGUUCGAAACAUACCAAACAUACAAAUAUGCAUACCUAGUACGUUACACCUAAGUAUACAGUAACUACAGCAAUAACAGCAAACAAGAACACACGCGAAGUUGAGAUUUACAGCAUGCUAGACUCACAAAAACAACUCACUCCAAACAAAACGCAACAAUUCACAACAAAAAUACUAAAAAUACAAUAAAAAAAAGAAAAAAACAACAACAAGAAUAAACAGCAACGCAAUAGCAACAAGAACAAGUACAACUACAACAAGCACAAGAACAACAACAACAGAUAUACGAUUGCGUAAGUCCAG